CCGUUAAAUGAGUGACGUGGCAAUAAAAAAAAAUUUAAUUUUUAAUAAUUUCCACCUCAUUAUUACAAUAAAUUAAAAAAUAAUUAAAACAGAAAGUGUCACAAACAACGGCAACGGCGGAGGAUGAUUCUUCUCCGUCGAGGUCGUUAGCUCCGACCACGUCUCCCUUCCCAAAAUUGCCGCCACUGUUACUUUUCUCCUGCCAUAAAAAAAUCUAAACUUUCCUUGCAAACUCUUCCUGCACACCCACUCCGAAACCCGCAACUUUCAUCGGGGGAUUCAUACUUUGAAGCCCUCUCUUCACACACCUACUUCGAAAUCUCGUCGGUGGUGGAUUUGUAGAGUUCGCACUUUUCAUUCCCAAAUCAUCUGCAUCAACCCACAUUUCAUUCCCGUAUCAUCUGGAGGCUUGUAAAACCCUGCUAGCGACUCAAAUAAAGCAACUCGACAAUGGCAACCACAACGUAAGAAGUCCGAAUUCUCCCAUUUUUUUACUUACAGUUCGCACUUUUCUUUAGCUGGGUCAAUCUGAAUUGGGUUCUGGGUUGUUUGCGUUUGGGAUUUGAGAACAGUCUGUACAAAUCCGUGCCCGAGAUCCGCUCGAUGCCUCGUCGUAGCCACCUCCUGUCUUCGACGGCGUCACCAGGCUGUACACCAACUACGGAUGCCCUUUCGCUCAGAGGGUGUGGACCACUCGGAAUUUCAAGGGGUUACAAGACAAGAUCAAGCAAGUCGGCAUAGAUCUUAAUAACAUGCCUGCUUGGUCCUAAUAAGGACCCGAAGACCGGGAGGGAGAUCGGUAGGGGCAGCAAGAUGGGGCGCUUAUUUGUUCUCGACCAGCUGCGUCCACCAUCGUCAUCGUCAACAUCAUCACC